GCGACUGGGAAAGGUCUCUCGCCGAGGCCUGAUGGGAAAGCGGCGGUGUCAGAGCCAGGAAGGGUGUGCCUGUUUGGAACAGGAAGAAGCAAAAACGAAGUCGCUUGAAAUUUUAGGUGCAGCGGGAGCCUCGGUCAUCCCAGGGAACCUCCAGGCACCAAGAUGUUCUUUACCUGUGGCCCCAAUGAGGCCAUGGUUGUCUCAGGUUUCUGCCGCAGCCCCCCGGUCAUGAUAGCUGGAGGCCGAGUGUUUGUGAUGCCGUGUAUCCAGCAGAUUCAGAGGAUUUCACUGAAUACUCUGACACUCAAUGUGAAGAGUGAAAAGGUUUACACCCGGCAUGGAGUCCCCAUCUCUGUCACUGGAAUCGCCCAGGUGAAGAUCCAGGGACAGAACAAGGAGAUGCUGUCUGCUGCUUGCCAAAUGUUCUUGGGUAAGACAGAGUCUGAGAUUGCCCAGAUUGCCCUGGAGACACUGGAAGGUCACCAGAGAGCCAUCAUGGCCCAUAUGACAGUAGAGGAAAUUUACAAGGACCGGCAGAAGUUCUCGGAGCAGGUUUUCAAAGUUGCUUCCUCUGAUCUGGUCAACAUGGGGAUCAGUGUGGUCAGCUACACCCUCAAAGACAUCCAUGACGAUCAGGAUUAUCUUCACUCUCUGGGGAAAGCCCGAACUGCCCAGGUUCAGAAGGAUGCCCGGAUUGGAGAAGCUGAAGCCAAGAGAGAUGCUGGCAUCAAGGAAGCUAAGGCCAAGCAAGAGAAGUUGUCUGCUCAGUACCUGAGCGAAAUUGAAAUGGCCAAGGCCCAGCGGGAUUACGAGCUGAAAAAAGCCACCUAUGAUAUCGAGGUGAACACAAGGAAAGCUGAAUCUGACUUGGCAUAUCAACUCCAGGUAGCCAAGACGAAGCAGAAGAUCGAGGAGCAGAAGAUGCAAGUGAUGGUGGUGGAGCGGACCCAGCAGAUUCAGAUCCAGGAGCAAGAGAUCAUCUGCAAGGAGCGGGAACUGGAGUCCAAGGUCAAAAAACCUGCCGAAGCUGAGCGCUUCCGGCUGGAGAAACUGGCCGAAGCUGAAAGGUCCCAGCUGAUCAUGCAGGCCGAGGCUGAGGCAGAGUCUGUCAGGGUGAAGGGUGAGGCUCGGGCCUACGCUAUCGAGGCCAAAGCCCGGGCUGACGCUGAGCAGAUGGCCAAGAAGGCAGAGGCCUUUCAGCAGUACCAAGAGGCAGCCAUGGUGGACAUGCUCCUGGAGAAGAUUCCAGAGAUGGCCGAAGAGAUCAGCAAGCCCUUGACCGCGGUGAAGAAGAUCACGAUGGUGUCCAGUGGGACUGGAGAUGUGGGAGCUGCCAAGAUCACGGGGGAGGUCCUAGAAAUCAUGAACAGACUGCCCGACACCGUUGAGAAACUCACCGGCAUUAGCAUCUCUCAGCAGAUAAACCAGAAGAAGCCGGGACGAAUGAACUAAAUGCUGAAGAUCUGGGGUGUGUGGGUGGGAUCCUUCAUGAGCAUGAACUCCUAUGAUCCUAUUCUGUGUGCAUAUAUAGAGAUCUUCCCCAUCAAGAGAGCCACCCACCCCCCAAAGAUUGCCAGACCUUUAUGGACAGAAUUGUUGCAUGCUGGCCAACACUCCUCAACACUGCUGAGGUCUCGUGCACCCAUUGUGUCCCUGCGACACCCCAGUGUGUACCUUAAGAGUAUCCCAGCACCCACUGCAUCUAGUAAAGCAUGGUCGUGUUGAUCCCAUUCCCGCUAAGUCCACCACAAUGCAUAAUCAUGUUUCACUCAGUUAAGUCCCGUUCUUGCUUUGUUUGGCUGGACACUGCUGGACACAGUACACUUCCUAAAAGUUUGCAUCUCUCUGAGGAUUUAAGAAAGGGUCCACUUCCAGAAUUCUUGGGAAGGCAAUAGGAAUGUAGUUUAGGUGAUGGUGAAAACUGGAAGCUCGUUCUUUGAAGUUGGUUGCUGGAUUGCUUGCUACAAAGAUUUGUUACUGCUGAGAUCUGAUGCUGGGUUGUUGUCGGGGUUUUUUGUUUGUUUGGAGGGUGGGUUCUCCCAAUGUGCGAAGAAAUUUAAGGGGGGGGAGGAGCAGUUUUUCAGAACUGAAAAAAGGUGGGCAAGGACUUCUGUAAGUAGAUCCACAUCAAACCACCUAUGGUUUUCCAUGUGCACACUUCCAUGCCAAUCCAACCCCUUUUGUGCCAUAAAUUCCGGGUGCUAUGCCCCACUAAGAUGCUCCACUUGGCCAAAACAAAAGAGAGAGAGACUUUCUUGCCCUUGUUUCUGUUCCCUUUCCCCCCCCAGUAAGAUCUCUUUUUAAGGAGUGUGUGUUUACAGAGGCUUCCCUGAACAUAAACCCGGAAGUGCAGGAAAUCAGCAAAGCGGAAGUAUGCAAAAAGCCUAUGCCACAUUGUCUUUCUUGUGUUGUGGACUGGAGGGUGGUUGCUGCAGGAGGGAAAUUCUGGUAAGUGUGUAUCGCCGAGGCAGACACGGACACAGGAUGUGCUUUUGUUUCCUCUUACAGUCAUUUUCUGGAUGUGCCUUAUAUCUGUUUAACCUCCGGAACAAUCACGCACCACCACUACCACCAUUCCCAUGGCUGGGGGCAAAACGUGUGCUCCUUAAGAACUGGAAUAUACAAUCAGAAGAAGCCUGUGGGAGAGUCUUAGGGGACCAUACCAUUUCAACUUGGAGAAGUCCCACAGGAAUAUGCAUGCUCUCCAUGGAAAACUAGCACCCUGGUCUUAAUGUAGCCUUUUCCUCUAGUUUUCUGCAUGCAGACGGGCGACUCCUCCAGCUCACAGGUCAAAAUUGGAACUCUGUGCUCGGCUGUGAGCACAGUCGGAAGAUAUUAGAACCUCCUCUGCUGUCUGACUGCAGGACCGUUGCAUUUAAGCUGAACUUUGUAACCUACCAAGUCAGGCUGUCGUGAGCCACCCUUCAGCUUACCGGUCUGAGCCGUGGGUGGCUGGGCCCCCCCACUCAGUUUCCUCUUUUCCCCCAAACUGUGAACCCCGCCUGCUACUCGCUGUGUAAACGAAGCGCGCUCAAUCUGUUUGUAGUCACUUUGUAGGGACCCAGAGUUGGUAUCCUGUAGCUGUGAUGGGGAAGUCAGAUGUUUGUUAUCUGAGCCUUUGCCUUGCUUGCUGUGUUGUGAAGCCUCAGCACGGUGCCUUGUUUGACCUUUACCAAAGGGGAGGAUGUGUCCCCUUUCCACCGUCCUGCCGCUGAGCUGCUCAGCUUAUAAUAAAGCCCAAUGUUAUUGCCCGUAGUCGUCCUCUGGAGUUGUUUCUAAAAAUCAAAACAAAAUACCCACUGCUUGCUUUGAAGACUAGUCAUUCUCUACGCCCCCUUCAUCAGAAUCUAAACUCUCAGCCAAGGAAGCCCAUGUCUUGUUUCCAGAAAUGAUCUAUGUGAAAUGUAUAAUUCUUGAACAAUUUCUUCAUCCAUGAAUCUAGGAACUGGUGAAACUCAUAUUUUGGCAGCCACCUGGAGGGUGAGGGAUGGAGAAGGCCCCUGCCUUUUGGACUCUUAAGCUUCUUGCAACCGUUACACACCACUACGAAGCUAAGACGUCUCCAGAGGUGAUAUAGCAAUUGGAUCUGGGAACCAGACUAAUGGCAGUAGUGAAGGCUAAUGCGGUCUUGGGGUGUAUCAACAGAGGCAUAACAUCCAGAUCGCAAGGUUUGAUAGUCCCGCUGA